AUGGUCCUCCAUACAACCCUCUACCCCAGUGCCUGUUUGCACUUCUUGGAUGGGUUAUCAUGGAGUCUGGUGUUUCCCUCCUACUGGCUGUUGGACCGGCUCCUGGCCUCAUGUGUGGCCACCUCACUGGAAAAGCGCCGGCGCUCCCAAGACCCCUGCUCCUUCCUGACCCUAUGUGUGCUUGUCUCUGCCCCCCUCUACUUGCUCCUCCUUCUGGUCUCACUGCCAUUUGCCUUGCUAGGCUUUCUCCUCUGGGCUCCGCUCCAGGCUGUCCGACAACCCUAUCUGUACACCUACCAAAAGCCAGAAAUGCACCAGGCCGAGCAGGGGGGAGCAGGGCCAGGAGGAGCGGGGAUUGGCGAAUGGAGGCCCCAAGGCAGGAGCUUUUGCUUCUGCAGUGCCAAUGUGUGCCUGCUGCCUGAUUCCUUGGCCAGGUUCAACAACCUGUCAGACACUCAAAUCAGAGCCCGUGAGGUUGGGAAGAGGAUUCGUAACGGUGCCAGUCGGCCACAGAUUAAGAUCUACAUUGACUCGCCUACCAACACGUCUAUCAGUGCGGCAUCUUUCAGCAGCCUAGCAACAGGAUUCAGACGCACCUCUUCUCUCGACCAGCGUCCAGACCACACACACACCACCAAUGGCCUCCCAGAUUCUGAGACCGAACCCCUCACUGAGUGCCCAAUCCACCCCUCAGGUGCCACCAACUGCCCUGUCCAUCCCUCCACAGGGGACCAGGGCUCCUCAGAAUGCCCCCUUCACCCUGACGGCGCCGGCAGCACCCCUGACUGCCCCCUCCAUUCUGCAGGGACUAACAGCAACUCAGACUGCCCUGUUCACACCUCGGGUGGGGUCCCAGACUGUGCCAUGCAUCCCUCAGGGACCCAGAGCAGUCCAGGCCACCAUGACUGCCCCAUGCAUGGCGAAGGGGCCCAGCCAAAACCCACGUCUGAUUGCCCACUUCACACCUCAGCGGUUCAGAUCAGCAUCAGCGCCCCAGAACCAGACUCCCAAGAAGAGGAGGCCGAAGUGGGGAAUCACCGCCCGGGAGAGGGGGCGGGCGAGACGGGCAGCAUGACCACCUCUCGGGAGUCUCUCACUCGAUACCACGGAGGUGGAGGGGACGGAGGGAGAGACGUAGGAGGAGGGAUAGCCUCCAACAACACCCUAUCUCACGUCCCACGCACAUCAGUGUUUAAGCGCCCGGGACGCAAGCGCCGCCAUGGGGAUGAUGGGUUUGACCAUGAGAUCUCUGCCUUCUUUCCUGCCAACCUGGAUUUCUUGGCUUUACAGGAAGUGUUUGAUCACGGAGCAACGACGCGGCUGCGGCGGCAGUUGCACCGCUACUUCCCUUAUGUGCUCAGCGAUGUCGGGCGGUACGGCUGGAAAGGCUGCUGCUCCAGGUUCAAGUUCUUGAACAGUGGCCUGGUACUGGCCAGUCGUUACCCAAUCCUAGACGCCAGGUACGAGUGCUACCCCAAUGGGAGAGGGGAGGACGCGCUGGCUGCCAAGGGAGCCCUGUUUGCCAAGGUGCACGUGGGAACCUCUCAUCAGGACCAAAGGGUUGUGGGAUACCUCACGUGUACACACCUCCACGCCAUAGAAGGAGAUGCGUCAGUGCGUUGUGAGCAGUUGGACCUGUUGCUCAAGUGGGGGGCAGAGUUUCGUCAGGCUUCGUUUCCCCCGGAGGGAGAGAAGGUUCUGGAGGACCUGGUAGCCUUCGACGUCAUCCUUGGAGACCUCAACUUUGACAGCUGCUCCUCGGAGGACAAGCUGGAGCAGCAGCACGCCCUCUUCACACAAUACAAGGACCCGUGUCGCCUGGGGCCGGGGGAGGACAAACCAUGGGCCCUGGGUACGCUACUGGAUCCCAGCGGCCUCUAUGAUGACGAGGCCAACUCACCUGAAAGUUUACAGAAAGUGAUGGAGAAUGAGGAAGGGCGGAAGGAGUACUUGGUGUUUCCUCCCAGUAAGAGUCAGUGUCCCGGCAGCAGCCAGAAAGGAAGGAAGAUCCCAUUAAAGGGCAAUGGACGUCGCAUUGACUACAUCCUCUACAGUGACGAGGGCCUGCAGCAGGACUGGAAACUGGACCUCGAGGAGUUCAGCUUCAUAACCCAACUGGCUGGCCUCACCGACCACCUGUCAGUGGCCAUGCGGUUGUCUGUUUCUACUGGGGAGGAGGAGGCUUAA